AUGGAGGAAGUUGACUCAAUAAUUCUCCAUUUUCUCCGUCAGUUGAAUGUAAACAUCAAUCCAGAUACAAAAAGUGUAUGUGAAUUACCUGUAGAUGCAAUUAUUGAAUUAGCUACUAAAUGUCUGUGUAAAAUCAAUAAUUCGCUAAAACUGCCAACUAAAAUGCCGUCAUCAAUUUCGCAGAGAAUAGAACUUGCAUCUCAAAUAGCUUCGAUUUGCAAGGAUUUAGGAUACAAAAAUGAUGUUGGUUAUCAAACUUUUCUCUAUUACAAUGAAGCAGAUCUGAGACAAGUGUUUAUGUUUCUAAUAGAGAAUUUACCUAAUGAGAGCAAGCAAAAUCUUGUCAGAUCUAGAGCAAAUGAUAACAAAUCAUUAUUAUUACAAGAAGUGAGUAAUAAAAUAGGUGAAAAGUUGAAUUCCAUAUGGAUACCAUCAUGCUGCAGCCCAAAUAAUAAAAAACAAAUUGGAGACUUUGUUUUUAGAAUAGAUAGUUCUACUCGUUGUAAUACUGAAAAUGAACAAGCAUUGAUUGAAAAGUUAAGGUCAAUAAAAAGCACCAAUGGUGUUGAGAAUUCUAUUACAAUAUCAUCUGAAAAUGACAAGGAGUUUAAUGUAAAUGAACAUGAAAUAAAUAAAAACUUAAAGGAACUAAAAGAACUCUCAAUUAUUUUACGGCAAAAAUUAGAUGCAUUGGAAAGUGAAAAAAAUGUUAUGGAUGUUGAAUUUUCUCAGGUGCAGAGAGCCUGUGAGAGAGUAGAUACAGAGAUUAAGAAUGUCCUUAACAUAUUAGAGAUAAUAGGCAUAACAGAUAUUGAAAGUUUUGAAGAUUAUGCACUUGAAAAUGUAAUGGAAAAAGUUCAUAAUGACAUACCUUUAUUGCAUAAACAGAGUGAAGAGCUAACAUUUAAAAAUCUAUCAUUGAAAAUGGAUUUGGACAAAUUAAAAAAUAAUAUGACUUCAAAUGAGUCAGAGAGAAGUAAGUGCCAAUUGAUUAUAGAAAUGUUAAAGGAAGAGGCAAGAAGUAUGAAAGAAGACUAUAAGAAAAACCAAGAAACAAGAGACCAAUUAAAAAAUAUUUAUGAGAAAUCUAAGGGAGGCAACAAAAGGUCACUUUAUACCAAACGAAUAUUGGAAAUAAUUAGUAAUGUUGAUAAACAAAAUAUGGAAAUAAAAAAGAUACUCGAAGAUACAAGACAACUUCAAAAGGAAAUCAACAGUCUUGAAGGACAACUAGAUAGGUGUUUUUCUAUAGCUGAUGAGACAUUAUUUAGGGAUGCAAAGAAAGAUGAUCAAGCCAAGAAAGCCUAUAAACUGUUAGCUCUGUUACAUUCAGAAUGUGGUUCAAUUGUGACUUUAGUCAACGACACAGGUGCUAUAGCUAGAGACAUAGUGGACUUGGAGGACAAUAUAAAAAUUGAAAAAACUAAAAGAACUGAAGAUACUUUAAAGAAAAUUCAUUUGGAUCUGACAAAGAUGCAAACAGAGUGUCAAUCGAUCGGUGGAUCGGAACCCGACCGAGGUGGAAGUCCUUGCCUAGCCUACGCGUGGCCGAGUGGCUUGUACGCGGCGUUUCAUGGUAUCGCCUACUCGAGAGGUCCCGGGUUCGAAUCCCGGUGA